GGGAAAUACAAACUGGUAUCCUGUAUUAAAUAUACUAAGUUGAGUUGUUUGUUUUCUUAUACGCAACACUUAUAUAUAUAUAUAUACAUGACUGAACCUCGGGUCAAACUCAAACGAACCUAACUGGAACUCAUAGUAUAAUCUUACCGUAGAGACCUAUUAUAGAAAAAGUUAAGAGUGACAUUUUUAUCCAGUAAUAAUCCCCGUCCGAUUGCAAUGUGGUAUGUUAGACAGUUCUACUGUAGUCCAACCCCCCACCCCCACCCCCGCCCCUACAUACAGAAACCUCCCCUUCAUUGCGUUUUCAAUAUAACUAAAGCGCGAGUGGGCCAGAGAUCUAUCGUUGAAAAAGUAAUUAUAUUAGUAAGAGUGCCUCUGAAUUGAUUUCGAUCUAGUGUAGUUGCUCUCUUACACACACAGAACACUGUUGUUUUCACUUAUUUUUUUCAACUCAAACAUUGUUUCAAAACCGUUUUGCAAUGUAUGGUUUUGAUCAUUGUUUGCUUAUUUCCUCUAUUAUAUUUUUUCACCCUUGCAGGUCGGGGAAUGAAAAAAGAAUACACCUGUAUAUUAUGUUUAAAAUGUAACGAUUAAGAUUGCAUGUACACUUAUACAGCAUUUCAUCAGUAUAUAUAUACAAUGGAUAUUCAUUAUUUGAUUACUAAGUGUAGGGUAUGUGUGGGGGUUGUCUUCCCUGCGAAAUGGAACGGUUGCCUGAACCAGGAAGUUCGGUUUUUCCUUGCGACAUGCAUAUGUGCAUACGGGACAUAUAGACGAAUACCAUGUGAACACGUCUUGGAUACAUUUCAAGCAAACUGUCAAAACAAGACCCUGCCAUCGAUACCUUUGGUGACCGGCAAAAGAUCAAAACGUCGAUUAUGAGUUUCCACACAUUUGUAACGUUUACGGUAAUUAUUUUGUCUGCUGAUGCAUUGCUCGUCAAACAAACCGCACAGGAACAUGUGUGUUUUCCGUGUGAUUGCUUAAACGUCACUGCAGAUUGUAGCAACCGGAACAUAACAAAAGUCCCGGUCCUGCGCAGCAACAUUACACAAAUCAUUCUUUCUCAAAACACCUUGACUACAGUUACAAGAAAUAUAUUUGAGAAGGUUAAAACGCUUGAUAUUACAACGAUAAAGCUUGGGUACUGUAAAGUAAUGCAUAUUUCCAAUGACUCAUUUCUGGAUUUUCAACGGUUAAAACACUUAAAUAUGAGUGGAAAUUGGAAACUCCCUUUCAUGGAACUCUCUCAAGCAUUGGUAAAUAUAAACGUUACCCAUUUAAACCUGGACGAUGCGGGGAUUGGAAACAAGCUUGACGUCGUGUUCAUUCCUUUCAAACACGUUAAUAUGCUCAGUCUCCGUGGAAAUAUGAUCGAAAACCUCCAUGCGACUUUGUUUUCAAACGGAUUUCCUUCUUUAAAUAUUCUCGACUUAACAAACAAUAGCCUACAAACGUUUCCUGCAUUGAAUCAAAUCGAAAAAUUGAAUUUGGCAAAAAACAAAAUAGAGUCCACAGGUCUCCGUUUCUGUGUGAACGGAUCGGUUCCUAAAAACAGACUGGUUGAGUUGGAUCUUUCCUGGAAUUUCCUUUCUGACAUUUCCGUUUUCAAUUCAGAAGGACACUGUCUUUCGAAGUUGCAGACCUUAAUUUUAAACAAUAACUAUCACAUCAUCCAAAUACCUGACAACGUCUUCUCCCGGCUUCCACGAAUCAACAAAAUCCUCUUCAGGUAUGUAAGCGGUAGAAUCGAUAUUGAUCCGCUCGCCUUCAACGCAUCAACAUUGCUGGAACUCCGUCUUACCACUAGUGAACAGCUUAUCCUACGGCCAAAACAUGUCAACAUGUUCAAGCAGUGCCCGAAUUUGCAUACGCUACAUUUCACAAAUGUUGUGUUCAAAAACAUAUCCGAUAAUCUAACAGAUAUGUUUUCGCAUUUAGUCAAAAUGAAAGAUUUUAAAAUCAAGCGUGGAAUUAUAUGGGACAUUUCCUUUCUAUCAACAAUGGAGAAUUUGACAAUUCUUGAAUUGUUUGAUAAUUACAUAAAAGGAUGGAAUCCCGAAAUUUUCAUGACUAAACCUUUGAAAAAAAUCAUUCUCUCGGAAAACCAAAUUGCAGUGUUUGACCAAAACUCAUUUCCUCAGCAUAUCUGGGAUAAUUUAGAAUAUUUUUCCGCUACAAGUAAUCCAUUCGAAUGCACGUGUAAACUGUUAUGGUUUAAGGAUUGGUUAAACGACAACAGGAAUAAACUUUCUAAAAAUUAUCCAGAGUUGUAUAUAUGUUUAUACCCUCACGAAUGGAAGGAAAAAACCGUUGUCCAAUAUGAGCCUGACCAAUAUGAAUGUCAACCCGCUGUAAGCGCGCUGUUGGUGAUAGGGAUCGGGUUAGGCUGUUUAGCAGGUGUGCUCCUGCUAAUAGCUUUCAUUGUUUACAAAGGACGUUAUCAUAUCAAACACAGAAUGCUACUCGUUCGCUCUCUGCAACCGUACGACCGUCUUCCAGACGGCGAAGAAUUUGUGUAUGACGCAUUCGUCGCUCACCACGUGGACAAUAGAGUCUGGGUUAUAAACCAUCUACUACCCUUCCUCGAGAAACAGAGGAAGCUGCGUCUUUGCCUCGACGAGAGGGAUUUCCUUCCAGGUAAUUUCAUUGCCGACAACAUUGUUAACAAUAUGAAGGUGAGCCGAAAAGUGAUAUUGGUUUUCUCUGAAGACUUUGCGGACAGUGAGUGGUGCCUAUUCGAGGCAACGACCGCCUACAACAGGAUACUAGCGGAGGGAGCAUCCUCUGUUGUUAUCAUAAUGCUGGAGGACAUUAGACACCGACCCGUCGAUAAUACCAUUCGGAACCUUCUCCACGCCGUCGCCUAUAUAGAGUGGGGAAGCGAGAGGAGUGAUCGCCCAGUAUUCUUUCGGAAACUUCUCGAUGCUCUCCAGUGAUGGACUCGUAUUUCUUGCACACCAGUUGGGCUUUCAGCUCAUAAUAAUGGACUUGAACAUUUAAGAGUGGGUUAUACUUUUCGGAAUUUGUAUUUUAUAUUACGAAGUUCACUGAAUAGAAUGUCAGCUUGGAUGCAGAGAGUCAUAUUGUUUCAUCCUUUUACUAAUACUGCAAAACUAGUUCUGGCCAAAUUCAUCAUUAUGUAUGCAAGAAACUAAAAUCAAAGUCCUAUGUGUACCUGUAACUACCAAACACUUCCUCCUCUAAUGUCUAAACUACCAACAAUUAAGAAUACACUGUUUUCGACGCCUUACUCUCGACUAUAUUCAUUUUUGUUACCAUACUACUAUAUGGUAGUCCUGACAUGCCAAUUCAAUAUAAUGAGUAUAUUUUGACUGCGUCCAACAGUAUAUCUGUUAUUCAAGAAUAUUUUGAAACUUUGUGUUCUACUGUUAUUGUAUGCUUUAAUGUUAUAUUCAGCGUAGAGCCUUUUUGAAAAUGUAUUCAACUUGUACAGUUCCAUGGUGUUACCAUAUUAUAUCCCAAUAAGUCUUCCCUUCAUAAAUAAACUUUUGGUUUUAUUUGCUACUUUUAGCAAACUCUUUUAUUCAAACUCCUCUGCUCCCCUCGCCUUUAUUUCUUUAAUUAAUAAUGUAUCAACAGUCAUUGUAGUCCUAUCGCUAAAUGUACUGAAUGAAUGUUAGAAGACGGACGUAUACAUAAGUAGCAUGUGUUUGUUUUCGAAUCCUUGUAUUAUGUAUAUUAUGUGCAUUUAUCUAAUAUAUUAACAAUGCAAUUUAAUUUCAACUUAAUUACGGAUCCUAACAAUUAUCAAAAGGUUGAUCGGUUUUGAUAGCCUAUCAGUCUUACCAGGUGCUUUUUGGAAAUGUGGAAAUAUUAUUUAUAUUAUGGUUAUUUGCAAAACCGACAAACAUAGUCAAGACUUUUUUUAAAUGUUUAUUUGCUGCUUGAUUCCGAUCGCAACGUGAGCUUAAUUACUGUCAAUAAACUUUAAACAUUACAUCCCCUUGUUACAAAGAAUCAGUUUUUUUAACUUUAUCUUAUUUGCACGUAUUUUUAUUUUUUUUUGCAUUUUUUUCAUUAUGUUUAUGUACUUAAGGACAGGAAACUUUUUUUCAUAUUUCGAAAAUAUUAGAACGGGAAUCAUUGGGUUGUCCCCGACAAAAUGUGAUAUAACCAGGUUCUAGGUAGUGACCAGAUUUCAAAUUAAUUAACAGAUGUCUGGUGUCUCUAUUUGAGAUUUAUUCAGCUUUUCUUUCAACAGUAUUGUUGGUAUGUACAUAUACCUAUAUACAUACAUUAAGUAUGAAAUAUUAACAAAUAAAUAAAAAUCACUUUUUUAUAAAUCUGAUGUUUUUUAUUGUAAUGUAUUUAAUAUUUGUGAUGUAUGUCUUCUAUUAUCUUUUUUAGGUAUAUUUACAUUUGUUUAUAUUUAUCUGUCUGUAAAAUAUUUUUUUCGCCCGUUAUCACUUUUACCUCUCUUUAGUACGUGUUGCUCUCGUUUGGGGUAUACCCUUAUUUAUCAAUUACGGACUUGCUGAGGUGAAUUUGUUGUUAUUUGAUCCUGAAAAAGUGAUAUUAACCGAGACGAAGUCGAGGUCAAUAUAACUUUUCCGGCCCGUUAAACCACAUAUUUAACUAUAUCCGUAAUUGAUAAAUAGGGAUGUUUUAAUAGGUGCUUAAUCAUGUUUUAAGUAUAAUAGAACUAUGCAAAUUCUACGAAAGAAAGUGCAGCAUUUGGCAGAAAGCAUUGAGACAUUAAAAUAAAAGUGACGUUAUGAAUUGAAUAAGGACCUGCUAUUUCUUAAACUAGUAACAUCAAAUCAAUAUCAGAAAAUAACCGACCUCUACGUAAUCAUGAUCCAGCUUUCUCAGUCUGGCGGUGGCCCCCUAAGCACUCGUCCUUGUAUGACCUGGGCUGUUGCAAGGACGUUAAACCCAAAACAAACAAACAAACCGAUAGCACUGAUCUGCUAGCAAGAUAGUCACUUUUCUCAUACUGUAUCUCUUUCUACAUUUCCCGUUAGUGUUGCUAGGAGUUCAUUCUAGACCAGGGACGCUGUAGGGAGACACUUGAAUACAUAGGUAAACAUCAUUGAUGUAGCUACUCAACCAUUGUUAGGUCAUAGGGUG